AUGGGGUUCCGCAGCCACGAAGGUGUCCCAGCCGCGCUGUGGCGUGUCCUAACACCGGCUGUGUGCCGUAGAAUCAAACUAAGCAGAACUUUAGUGGCUCCCCUGGCCUGGCCUGGCCUCGGGGCUGCGGAGAGGAAGCGGGAUAUGGCAUUCCUUUGGGGCAAAGGGGUGGAGAGUAGCCUGCUGGUUGAUUUCCCUGCCUCAAGUCUGGCCCCACUCCAGUGCAUCCUCAGUGAUGCACCAUUGAAAAGCCAUUGUCAACCAACAAGGGCAGCCAUAUCAUUAUUCCUGACCAGCUUUGAAGUGCAAAAAUCCUCUGGGAAAGCGUUGUUCAACCUGAGCUGCUGUCAUCUUAAUCUGGCGGAGAAAGAAUACUUUGGAUUGGAAUUCCGGAGCCAGUCGGGAAACAAUGUUUGGUUGGAACUUCUAAAGCCUAUAACAAAACAAGUGAAAAACCCUAAGGAGAUUCUUUUCAAAUUUAUGGUGAAAUUUUUCCCAGUGGAUCCUGGACACCUGAGAGACGAGCUGACAAGGUAUCUCUUUGCCCUUCAAAUCAAGAAGGAUUUGGCUCAAGGAAGGCUGCCCUGUAGUGACAACUGUACAGCCUUGCUGGUGUCUCACAUUUUACAGUCGGAGCUGGGUGACUUUCAUGAAGAAACAGACAGGAAGCAUCUGGAACAAAACCACUACUUACCUAACCAGAGCGGCUUAGACAGCAAGAUCCUGCACUUUCAUCAAAGACACAUUGGUAAGAGCCCUGCAGAAUCAGAUAUCCAACUCCUGGACAUAGCAAGGAAGCUCGAGAUGUAUGGGAUCAGGCCUCACCCUGCCAGUGAUGGAGAAGGGACUCAGAUUCAUUUGGCUGUUGCCCACAUGGGAGUGCUGGUAUUACGGGGGACCACGAAGAUCAAUACUUUCAACUGGGCUAAAAUCCGUAAGCUGAGUUUUAAGAGAAAGCAUUUUCUUAUCAAACUCCACACAAACGUUUCGGUGUUGUACAAGGACACCUUGGAGUUUACCAUGGCCAGCAGGGAUGCAUGCAAAGCCUUCUGGAAGACAUGUGUCGAAUACCAUGCCUUUUUUAGACUCUCAGAAGAACCUAAAUCAAAACCCAAAACCCUCUUCUGCAGUAAGGGUUCAAGUUUCCGCUAUAGUGGAAGAACCCAAAGGCAACUUUUGGAAUAUGGGAAAAAGGGCAGGCUCAAGAGUUUACCCUUUGAGAGGAAACAUCACCCAUCUCGAUACCAGGAACGACAGUGUAGGUCAUCCCCAGACCUCCUCUCCGAUGUGGCCAAGCAGGUUGAAGAUCUGCAUCUAGUGUACAGUAGUGGAUGUUACCACAGUGUGAAUGGAGUGCAUGCAUCAGAGCCCACACUAGAUAGCCGGAGGAGGAAUUCCACAGUGGAGGUGACAUUCGCAGCCGAGUUCGAGCGCUCCAAACCUGAAGCAGAUCCCACAUUGCUGCAUCAGUCCCAAAGCACCUCAGUUUUCCCUUUUAUUUACACAAAACCCACCUUUGAUACUGACCCCGAGCCUGAUGACUUCUAUAGGCAUAGAAGCCCUCUCAACUCCUUCCAGACGAGCUCUAAGUUUGCCGAAGGUAAGACAAGCAUGCCUUCUGGGAACACAAGAGGGGCUCUCCCACUAAGGCAGCAGCUUACCUACACAGAUCUACCUUAUAUUCCCAGUGUCAGCCAGCAGGCUGACAUUGUGCCUCCACAAGUCUUUUUUUAUGUGGACCAGCCACCCCAGGUGCCCAGGCGCUCUCCAGCCAUGGCUGCUUUAGGGAAGGCAGCUAGCAGAAGUCCUCGAGAUGCCAGAAGGGAGACUUUUCAGCAUGACUUUCAGGAACUUAACGAAGCCCUAGCCAGGACUAGUGGAGAGAACCCUCCCGACAUUGGUGUGGAAGAUGAUGACAGAACUCUGGGAGAUGUCUUUGAGUACAGGGUUCAAGAGCAAACUCCUAAACGGUCCCACAGCCAUUCAGAUAUGAAAACUAUCCGUUUUCCUUUUGGGUCAGAGUUCCAGCCCUUAGGGCCUUGCCCUGCUCUAAGUCGAAAAGCUGAUUUCUUCACAUAUAUGUUUACCCAGCAGGAGUUUCCAGAGGUUUUGAGGAGUCACAGUGCAGCAGAACCAUAUUUAGGUAGUGAAUCCAGUGAUUCUGAAUCAGAGAUGCUUCACCCAGACUACUAUGCUUUGUAUGACAAGACAGCGAGGUCCCCCAUGGCCAGAAUCCGUUUGUCUUCUGGUAGUCUCCAGCUAGAUGAAACUGAUGAAGACGUUUCUUUUACUACACCUGUAGCUGAAUCGAGCAGAACUACCCUGAAACCACGCAAUUAUUUUUUAGCUUGAGUGCUAGCCGGUUUGUUUUUUUUCCUGGCAAAAUAUUUUCAACCCUCAUCCUCCUCAUCACAAAGUAACUCCAGUCCCCACUGGAGAGAUUGUUCCUUCUCCUCCACCCUCCACCACUGCAGUUGGUGGAAGAGGGAGGAAGAAAGCAAUUUUGAAGUUAGUGGAUGGGAUAGUGGCCUGGCAUCUGUAACUAUGAUCUUUUUCACUAGAAUUAUUGCUAUAAAUGAAGUUCUAUAGCGUGUAUAUUAUUCUACAUUUGGGAUAAUUAUGGCCUGGCACCAGUGAACAAUUAGCAUCUUGGAGAGGUAGGUGUUGACUUCAAGUGGUUGUACGAUAGCAGCAGCACAAGUCUUGCCUGUCAUCUAAGCCUCCCCCUUUGCACCCUUCUCUUCCUCAACAGUCAUAAAAGUGACUACUAGAGUGUUUGUUCCCCCACUUCUGAUCUGCCAGCAAAGUUAUCUCUUGGUUAUUUGCCAUUACAAUAAGCUCACUGUGUGUUGAUCACAUUAAUAAGUCAGAUGCCUUGA